UGUGCCUUUAAAUUGCUGCUUUAGGAGGGUGCAUGCAGGGGGGAGGUGGGAGGGAGGGAAACAUCUUCUACCGGUCUCCCUCCUCCCUCCCCUCCAAGACUCUCCAGGCAGGGUUUGGAGAGUGAUUGCUGCCCAAAGAGAACCUUUGCUGGCACGCUGGCCGGCAGGCUGAGGCCCCUUCCAGAGCCCAGGGUGAGCCCAGGCAGGAGCCAGUAGGGUUGUCUGUGUCAAGAUCAUUUUCAGGGGACUAGUUCUGGCCUGUGACCGAUAAAGACAGGGCAGAGGAAAGAGGCCGAAGAGGAAAAAGAGCACAACUCCUAGCCCAGCCCCACGGGCUCCUUGCAAGCAGCCCAAGUUGGAGGAAGGCGCCGUUCUCUGGGCAUUCCCACAGGGAUAUCCCCUCUCACCUUGGCAGCCAGGCUGAGAAAGGGCGCCAAGGUGCCCCCACGGAAAUGACAACUCUUGUUCCUGCAAACCUCUCCUUCCUUCUCCUCUGGAUCCUGCCAGGGCAGAUCCUCCUCAGGGUGGCCUUGGCAAAAGAUGAUGUCAAAUCUGGGAGCAAGGGGCCCCAGCCCAUGUCGCCUUCUGAUUUCUUGGACAAGCUUAUGGGGCGCACAUCUGGUUACGAUGCCAGGAUUCGGCCCAAUUUUAAAGGUAGGAAACAUAGAUCCUAUAAAACUCCCUCCCUCCCCAUCACUUCUGAUGGCACACUACCCAGCCAGUCCGUGUGCCCUGCCCCAAGGAAAGGAGGUUAAGAGCCCAUGCUAGUUCUGCCAGCUGAGAAGGAGCAUCCCCACACUGUUGCCCAGGGGCCUAUGUAGCUGGCACUGCCUCCUGCCAGGAGCGCCCUGGUACAAAGCUCCAGGAGGGAGUCCUGGACCCUGCUCCAAGUCUGGAAUGCCCUGCCAAUGGGCUGUGCUUUGCUACCCUCAGGCCCACCCGUGAACGUGACCUGCAACAUCUUCAUCAACAGUUUCGGCUCCGUCACUGAGACCACUAUGGACUACAGGGUGAAUGUCUUCUUGCGGCAGCAGUGGAAUGACCCACGUCUGGCCUACAGAGAAUAUCCUGAUGACUCUCUGGACCUUGAUCCUUCCAUGCUGGACUCUAUCUGGAAGCCAGAUCUGUUCUUCGCCAAUGAGAAAGGGGCCAACUUCCAUGAGGUGACCACAGACAACAAGUUACUGCGCAUCUUCAAGAAUGGGAAUGUACUCUACAGCAUCAGGUUGACCCUCAUUUUGUCCUGCCCAAUGGACCUCAAGAACUUCCCGAUGGACAUCCAGACCUGCACGAUGCAGCUGGAGAGCUUUGGCUACACCAUGAAUGAUCUCGUGUUUGAGUGGCUAGAAGAUGCUCCUGCUGUCCAAGUGGCUGAGGGGCUGACCCUGCCCCAGUUCAUCCUGCGAGAUGAGAAGGAUCUAGGCUAUUGUACCAAGUACUACAACACAGGGAAAUUCACUUGCAUCGAGGUGAAGUUUCACCUGGAACGGCAGAUGGGCUACUAUCUGAUUCAGAUGUAUAUCCCCAGCCUACUCAUCGUCAUCCUGUCCUGGGUCUCCUUCUGGAUCAACAUGGAUGCUGCCCCUGCCCGUGUGGGGCUCGGCAUCACCACCGUGCUCACCAUGACCACCCAGAGCUCUGGCUCCCGGGCCUCUUUGCCUAAGGUGUCCUAUGUGAAGGCCAUCGACAUCUGGAUGGCCGUGUGCCUGCUCUUCGUGUUUGCUGCCCUGCUGGAGUAUGCUGCUGUCAAUUUUGUCUCUCGUCAGCAUAAGGAAUUCAUGAGACUUCGAAGAAGGCAGAGGCGCCAACGCAUGGAGGAAGAUAUCAUCCGAGAAAGUCGCUUCUAUUUCCGUGGCUAUGGCCUGGGCCACUGCCUGCAGGCAAGGGAUGGAGGUCCGAUGGAAGGUUCUGGCAUGUAUAGCCCCCAACCUCCAGCCCCUCUUCUUAGGGGGAGAGAAACCAUGCGGAAACUCUAUGUGGACCGAGCCAAAAGAAUUGACACCAUAUCCCGGGCUGUCUUCCCUUUCACUUUCCUCAUCUUCAAUGUCUUCUACUGGGUUGUAUAUAAAGUGCUACGGUCCGAAGAUAUCCACCAGGCACUGUGAAUAGGGUGGGGGCUAUCACAUCCAGCUGCUGGCUUCCUGCUUCCUCCUGGGUGGGCUUUCCUCUUCCCCUAGACUCCCUCAGGGGCUUGGACAGUUCCUUCCCAAUCUCCCACUCAAAAUGUAAACUACCAGUCCCAGAGCUAUGUGGGCCUAUACUGCAUGGUGCCAUGAUGGCUGUCCUUAAAGAUGGCUCAUUUACCCUAAUCCGGAUUUUCUCCGUACUUUGCCAUAGCUCAUGAGACUAAGCUUUGACCAUGUCCCUGGGACCAGGAUAACUUUUGAUGCCUGUUUUCCAAUACUCCAGAGAAUAGUCAGACCAACUGCUACUAGAUUCUGACAUUUGUCAUUCUUAAUCUGCACUGCUUCUCACCCUGCCACCUCUGACUCAGGGUCUGCAUUUUGCCCUGUCUUCGGUCCCUCCUACAGCAGGAUCAAAUAGGGCAUCUUUCCCAUCCACAAGGGCAGCCCAGUGUGACCCUGUCAGGCUUCUUUGGGGUGACAGGAGGGCAAAGUCACAGGUUCCGCACCUUCCACUGGAAGAGUAAUGGGCUAGGACUUUGCUGUAUGUGCCAACAGAGCGGUGUUUGAGUCUUCUUGGGAAGCCCCAAAGUGUCAGAAUUGGGGCAGGAAUCUUGAAUUCUCAGGAAGAGCUUCAGAUUCUACCGAACUCUCUGAUUUCAGAAUUUCUUUUUCUGUCCCCUAACUAGCAUGGCGGUAGGGUUUGCUGGGGACUAUAAAAAGAGAAGAAAUGCUUAUUAUUUAAUAAACUUACUUGAUGAUGCUAGAAAACUCUCAGGAAAAGUAAGAGCCAAGGUAGGAGGAUCCAGGAGUACUAGACUACAGAACCUAUCCUCAGAGAAUCUGCUGUUGGCUGGGCUGUCAUUUACUUCUUCCUUUUCUCCAAAGUCUGUUUUCUAGGGCCCCUCAUUUACAACCUGCCCUUCCAUCUCCUUUUGGCAAGCAAAUAAUGGUGCCACGCAACCCUGUUCAGGAUAGCAUGGGCUUUGAGGCACCUGGGAAGGAGGUAGACACACAGAGAACACUUACGCUGGGCCACUGCCAGGGUGGUAGCUAAAGCAGUUAGAGAGCCACGAGUCUGAGUUGUUUCUUCACCCUUCUCUUGCUUCUCUUCUGCUUCCAUGAUGAGGAGCAGGGAGGAAGUAGAGUAGUUGGUUGAAGCUAUAGUAAAUGUCAGAAUACAGACUUGGUGUGGAAGAGCCCAAUUUCAGGCUUGACAUACUAUCGGGUCAUGGGGAAUCGUGGGCCUGGUACACUGGGUCCUUCGAAGUGACCUCACUGUGGGGAACAGAAAUAGGAGAGAACAAAGUGGGGGGCUAACAGCAGAAAGACAGAGGUGACCAAAUGAUCUCUUAGACAUCUUAUUUUUCUUUCCAGUCCUGGAAUAAUUAACUAUGUAUGCCCAAUCUCUCUCUCUCUCUCUCUCUCUCUCUCCCUCUCCCUCUCCCUCUCCCUCUCCCUCUCCCUUUCCUCCUCCCUGCCUCCCUCCACACAGUGUUCCAAAUUGAAAGUCAAUAAAUCCAAUAGUCAAAGCAAUGUCUAUAGUCAAACCCAGAGUAUGGCUCUCUUUCCCCUUGUUCCCCUUGAGCUUGGCUGCUAUUUCCUGCUCUCUACACACGCCUCUUGCCUGUCCUUUCGUUUCAAGGAGAGCAUUCUGGGCUGACCAGGGUCGCUGAACCAGAAAUUCCUUUUACUGGUAUAUUAUCAGUCUCACAACACAAAGAUUCAAAACUAAAGAACUGGCUGAAGUGAGGACAUUGAAUUGAGAAGGGCAGAAAGUCUGUUUUCCUAUUUCUGCCCAGGUAGUGCCAAUCAAUGAGAUGCCACAGCAAUACCCCUUUGAAAGGAGCAGAGAGUAUCUCUUUGAUACUCUCCAUGGUGGGGCUGGGGUGUCAGGCUGCUGCAGCCCGAGGGCGGGGGGUGCGGGGGGUGGACUAUGGAGAUGAGCUUAUUGCACAGAGCUCUACUUGUUAGAGAUCUUGUCCAGAUGGGCCAACUGCACAAAUCUGCCCUGUUGGAAGUCUCAAGAACAAUGCCCUGGAGACAGCUACAGUACUGAGCAAUAGAGCCUGCCCAACUGGGACUCAGAUCAGGGCAUCAGCUGGUGCUGGGAGUCAAGGAAGCCAAAGUACCAACCAACAUAAUAGCCCAAAGGAGCUCACAAAGCUACUCAGAGGCAAUGCCAGGUGGAAGGUACGAUCCCUCCCCAUCCCAGCUCCCAUGUAGAGAAGGGAGACGCAUGCUGCCAGAAGCAGGUGCAAAUAGCUUUCAUUUUCCUCACCCAUCUCACAUAUGCACAGGGGUUGAGGGAAUGCUGGGGCUCACUGGGAGCAUCUGAUACCUAGCAAUCCAUUCCAUCACAGAAUUUGUAAAUGCGGGCCCUUCUUACCACAGUGAAUUAGCAGGGGUGAUGUAAGAGGCUCGUUCAGAGGUCACGUCACCCCUCCACAGACUCGCACUACUU